GAGACAUUAAUAAAACAAUUUUUGUUUAGUUAUACUAUUUAUAAUUAAUUAAUUAUGGAUUGGCAUAAAUGUACAAUAAUCGUCUUAAUCACUAUAUUGAACAUCGAUGUCAUUUUGGCCACAAUUAACUACGGCUGUAACGGCCGGAUGGGAGAGAAUGAUAUUGAAUGUAACGCCGCCUGUAAAGGCAACGGGUACCAGAUCGGUCACUGCGAUAUCUAUAUGAGACGUUGCACUUGCUUUGGCUAUUAUCUGCCGUAUAAUAGUCUCACACACUCUGACAUGAGAGAUAGCGAUGAAGUGGAGGACUUAGCGGUGGAUCAGCUCAUCAAUGAGGCCCAGGAAGAGGUCGCAGACGUCAAACCGUACGAAGAGGAGGUCCGGGAACUGUUGGACACUGGAUUAGACUAGAUUUGAUGUAACUAUG